AUGAGGCCAUGUGCCCAUCACGCCGUCCGAACCCGGUACUCAUACGUAGUGAUACCCACCAUUGUCGACAACAAUUCCGUCCUAAAGUACCUACCGAUACUUCGUGUGCUUAUCCACCAGCCCAGCAGCAUGGGGCAAGGAACACCGCAUCCGCAUCCGCGAAGCAAGGGACCCGACCAGACCCUCAAGCCCGUGCGGAACUGUGAUAGCGUGGACCAGGACCUGGACAUGGGCAGCUGUCCACACGGGGUAUUCACUUCGUUUCUGUAUCUGUAG